AUGAAGAGAAAAGUCGAGGAUGAUAAGGCAGAUGAUCGUCAGCGUAGAAAGGAUCGAAUCUGGCGCAGAAUACUAGCAGCUGAGGAGAAACGCCGAUUUGUCGACGGUGUGCCCUCUGAAUCUGACGCUAAUGCUUCUGAAGAGGAAACUGUGUGGGUGUUAUCGGAGCGCAAUAUUAAGCCAGAUCGACGUACCAGAGAGCUCCAAAAGGUCGUAAAACAAGUUGAAGAUGAACUCGAAGCUGAGUAUAAAGACGAAGAUGACUCGGAUUCGGACGAUCUUGAUAUCCACCCAGACUUCACCAAUGGCUCUGAUAGUGAUUCCGACGAAGAAGAGGAUUCUGAGAAAGAUGAUGAUGAGUCUGACAAAUCUGAUGACUCCGAUGAAUCUGACGACAAUAGUGUUUCUUCUCGAAACGAACCUCGGUCGAAGCAUGAAGUAGAAGCAUCCAUCUCAGAAAACAAUUUGUUGCAAGAUAAUCAGAAGAAUCCGUCUUCUUCUCAUAAUUCGAGGCACAAGCGGACUGUUAGAGCCCCUGCCCGGUAUAGAUCAUCUCAUACUGAAGCCGGCACAUCUGUCGAUGUGCACGUUGUUGUUGAUGCUGGAAAGAGGAGAGAUGGGGAGUCCGUGGUCAUGGUUGACGAUAGCAGCAACCGUGUUGAUGAAGAAUCUACUGAUUCCGUGGAGGCUGUGAUUAGAUAUCACGUUCGUGAAUAUCCAACAGCUGGACUCCAAUUUGAAGCUCCCAUGAUUAAUACAAGCCCAAAUAAUGAGGUCGUCGGUGGAUUCGUCAUUCCCAAAUGUCACGCGCCUCUGUACACUAAAAUUGGAGAAGAUACAUGCAUAUUGCUACAACGGAAAUAUGGAGAGGCUUUCUCCCAACCCCCUGACUAUGGUGGUCGGACUGUUACCGAUCGUUGA